AAAAAAAAAGAGGAAAAAAAGCCAAAAAAAAACCCCAAACCCGGGGAUUUUGCCCUGCUUGGAGUCGGAGCUGCAGCCAUGUGGGGUGUGAGGAACCAGGGGCUGCUCCUGGCCCUGAUCCUGCUCCCAGGGGUCGCUGAGGGGUUCAACAUCGACGUGGGCAGUGCCAGGGUGUUCCUGGGGCCACCUGAGUCCCAGUUUGGCUACCGGGUGCUGCAGUGGGGCAGCGAUGGGGACAGGUGGCUGCUGGUGGGGGCCCCGUGGGACGGGGACGGCCAAGGGGACAUCUACAAAUGCCACGUGGGACCCCAAAACUCCUCCUGUGCCAAGGCCAACCUCGGUACCCGGGGUGAAAUUUGGGGGGAGUCCCACGUGGGACCCCAAAACUCCUCCUGUGCCAAGGCCAACCUCGGGGCUGCAGUUCCGUGGCUCAGCAGCAGCGCCGGGCACCUCGGCAUGACCCUGGUGGAGUCCAAGGACGGGGGAUUGGUGGCCUGUGCCCCGCUCUGGUCCCAGCAAUGCGGCACCUCCGUGUUCAGCUCCGGCCGCUGCGUCCAGCUCGACCAGGAGCUCCAGCUGGUGGCCACCAUGGCCCCCACGGCCCAGCGCUGCUCUACCUUCAUGGACAUCGUGGUGGUUCUGGACGGCUCCAACAGCAUCUACCCCUGGGAGGAGGUGCAGGCCUUCCUCGGGAACGUCCUGGCUCGCUUCUUCAUCGGGCCUGGGCAGACCCAGGUUGGGGUGCUGCAGUACGGGGAGCACCUGGUGGAGGAGUGGGCGCUGGGGCAGCACCCCACAGCUCAGAGCCUGCUGGAGGCUGCACGGAACCUGACCCGGCAGGAGGGCAGGGAGACCAGGACGGCCAUGGCCAUCCGGGAGGCAUGCUCCGAGUCGUUCAGCCCCGCGCGGGGCGGGCGCCCGGGGGCCGCGCGGCUGCUGCUGGUGCUGACGGACGGGGAGUCCCACGACGGGGACGAGCUGCCCGCGGCGCUGGCCGAGUGCGACCGCCGCAACGUCACCCGCUACGCCAUCGCCGUGCUGGGGCAUUACCUGAGGAGGCAGCAGGAUCCCGAGGAUUUCAUCCGGGAGAUCAAGUUCAUCGCCAGCGACCCCGAUGAGAAAUAUUUCUUCAACGUCACGGAUGAGGCCGCCCUCAAUGACAUCGUGGAUGCUCUGGGAGAUCGGAUCUUCAGCCUGGAAGGUACCCACGGGGACAACGAGAGCGCCUUCGAGCUGGAGAUGUCCCAGAUCGGCUUUUCCAUCCACCACCUCGAGGACGGGAUCCUCUUUGGAAUGGUGGGAGCCCACGACUGGGAGGGGGGCGUGCUGGAGGAGAGGCAGCGUGGGCGCGUUGUCCCAGCCCGUGGGGCCUUCCAGGAGGAAUUCCCGCCGCAGCUGAGGAACCACGCGGCCUAUCUGGGGUACUCGGUGUCCUCGCUGCAGCUGCCGGGGGGGCAGCGCCUGUUGGUGGCCGGUGCCCCCCGGUUCCAGCACAAGGGCAAGGUCGUCCUCUUCCAGCUGGACCCCACGGGCACUGUGACGGUGGCCCAGGCGCUCCUGGGGGACCAGAUUGGCUCCUACUUCGGCAGCGAGGUGCUGGCCCUGGACCUGGAGGGAGAUGGGGACAGCGAGCUGCUGCUGGUGGCCGCGCCCUCCUACCUGGGCGGGCAGAGCUGGGAGACCGGGAGGGUCUACGUGUACCGGGUGGGGCAGGAGCGCCUGAGCCCCGCGGGGUCGCUGCUCCCCGAGCCGAGGCCGCAGGAUUCCCGGUUCGGCUCCGCCCUGGGCGCGGUGCCCAACCUGAGCCAGGACGGGCUGGCCGGAGCCGUGGUGGGGGCGCCGCUGGAGGACGGGCACCGAGGGGCGCUCUACGUGUUCCACAUGGCCCCGGGCACGCUCCUGCCCCGCUGCAAACAGCGCAUCGAGGCGGCGGCGCUGGGCUGGAGCCUCCGGUACUUCGGGAUCAGCGUGGACGGACGGACGGACAUGGACGGGGACGGACUGGUGGACGUGGCCGUGGGGGCGCAGGGGGCGGCCGUGGUGCUGCGGUCCCGCUGGAUCCUCCAGGUGGCCGCGGCGGUGUCGGUGGAGCCGGCGGCCGUCAGCGUCACCCGGCGGAAUUGCCGGCGCGGCGGCUCCGGCGCCGUCUGCCUGCGCGCCCGCCUCUGCUUCCGCGCCCAGAGCCGCGCCCGCAGCGCCCCCCAGGGCAUGCACGUGGCUCUCCGCUACAACGCGUCCCUGGAGGAGCGGAGCCCGGGAUCCCGAGCCGCCUUCGACUCCGGGGCCCGCCGGCUGCUGCGGCGCCGCAUGGAGCUCCCGCUGGGCCGGCAGAGCUGCGCCCGCAUCCCCUUCCACGUCCUGGACACCUCGGAUUACCUGCGGCCCCUCAGCCUCAGCCUCACCUGGGCGCUGGAUGAGGCCGCCGGGUCUGUGCUGGAUGAGGCCUCUCCCACCUCCCUCCGCAAACUGAUCCCGUUUUUCAAGGAUUGCGGCGACGACGACGAGUGCGUCACCGACCUGGUGCUCAAGGCCACCACGGACAUCGUGGGCUCCAGGCAGAGCCCCCACGUCCUGCGGAAGGGCCGGAGGCGGAUGCUGGUGGAGGUGGAGCUGGAGAACCGGGAGGAGAACGCCUACAACGCCAGCCUGUGGCUGCAGCUGCCUGGGAACCUCCACUUCUCCAGCCUCGUAGUCCAGGAGCCCAGCUCGGUGAAGUUGGAGUGCUCAGCCCUGGGGGGGCACCGCCGGCGCUGCAGCGUGGGGUACCCCGUGUUCCGCUCGCAGGCCAAGGUGUCCUUCACCCUGGAGCUGGAGUUCAGCUGCUCCGUCCUGCUGGACCGUGCUGAGCUCACGCUCAGGGCCACCAGUGACAGCACCGAGCUGACACCGCAGGACAACGUGGUGGAGCUGUCGGUGCCCAUCCGCUACGAGGCCAACGUGUUCCUGUCCAGUGCCACCAACCUGCCCCGCUAUGAGCUGCACCCCCUGGGCACCUUCAGCCCCAGCCCCGGCCCCGAGUUCACCACCACGCUCAAGGUGCAGAAUUUGGGGUGCUACCCCCUCCAGAACAUCACCCUGCACAUGGCCCUGCCAGCUCUGGGCCACCGUGGGGCCACCAUCCUGUCUGUCACCAAGGUCCUGGCUGAAAAUGCCUCCUGCAGGCUGCACCCCCCCCAUGAGGGGACCCCGGUGCCCCCCGAGGAGCUGCUGCACACAGAGAGGCUGGACUGCUCCAGCUGCCGCUGCCUGGAGCUGCGCUGCAGCCUGGUGCAGUUCAGGAGCCUCAGGCUCAUCAGCAGCGUCUGGCUGGGGGUCGAGGGGGGGCUCCUGGUGCUGGAGGAGGGGGCACAGCACAGGGAGCUGGUGCUGGAGGUGCUGCGGGGCCGGCGGCUCCCGGUGUCGCUCUGGAUCCUGGGGGGCAGCGCCCUGGGGGGGCUCCUGCUGCUGGCCCUGCUGAGCCUCGGCCUCUGGAGGCUCGGAUUCUUCUCCCACCCAAAGCCCUCCCAGGAGGAGGAGGAGGAUGAGGAGCAGGAUGAGGAUGAAGAGCACUGAGGUCACAGCUCUGCUGGUGGCACGAGGACAUCCAGGAAUGUCCCUCUGGAGCCCAUUCCAGGCCCAUGCCAGGGUUUGGGAUUGGUGGAGGGACGAGGAGGAGCCGCUGGAGCCCCGGGCAUGGAGCAGGGGGAACAUCUGGGAGUGGGAAAAGUGGGAAUGCCCUGGAA